GCAACACAACACUCCAUUUCUCCAAUCACAACUCACCACACAAUUCACAACCUUCAAACAUAUUUAUAAGAAUAACACCAAUGGAUACUCCAAUGACCCUCACGGGCUUGCUCCGCGACGUCGCCGCCAAAUUCCCUUCCCGCCGCGCCAUCUCCGUCGCCGGAAAAUUCGACCUCACCCACUCCCGCCUCCAUCAACUGGUUGAAUCCGCCGCCGCCCGCUUAGUCGCCGCCGGAAUCAAACCCGGCGACGUCAUCGCUCUCACCUUCCCCAAUACCGUCGAGUUUGUUGUCUUGUUUCUAGCCGUCAUUCGAGUGCGCGCCACAGCCGCGCCGUUAAACGCGGCUUACACAGCCGAAGAGUUUGAGUUUUACUUGUCCGACUCCGAGUCCAAGCUUCUUCUAACAUCAGCAGAAGGAAACAACUCAGCUCAAGCCGCAGCUUCAAAACUCAACAUCCUUCACAGCACAGCUUCAAUAACCCAAGCCGAAGACAAAGAAGCCGAGCUGAGCCUCUCAUUAAGCCACUCCGAGUCAGAGUCAAUUAACUCGGUUGAGUCACUCGGAAACGAUCCAGAUGACGUGGCGCUUUUCCUUCACACCUCCGGCACCACGAGCCGACCCAAGGGAGUGCCUUUGACGCAACACAACCUGUUCUCUUCCGUGAACAACAUUAAAUCGGUGUACCGACUCACUGAGUCCGACUCGACGGUGAUCGUUCUUCCUUUAUUCCACGUGCACGGUUUGAUCGCGGGGCUCCUGAGUUCGCUCGGCACCGGGGCGGCGGUGGCGCUGCCGGCGGCGGGGAGAUUCUCCGCCUCGUCAUUCUGGAAGGACAUGAUUAAAUACAGCGCCACGUGGUACACAGCGGUUCCUACAAUACACCAGAUCAUACUGGACCGCCACUCGAACAGCCCCGAACCGGUUUACCCGCGCCUCCGGUUCAUUCGAAGCUGCAGCGCGUCGCUCGCACCGGCUAUUCUGGGUAAACUUGAGGAGGCCUUCGGUGCGCCAGUGCUGGAGGCUUACGCGAUGACGGAAGCGUCGCAUUUGAUGGCUUCGAACCCUUUGCCGCAAGAUGGGCCCCACAAGGCCGGGUCGGUUGGGAAACCCGUGGGUCAAGAAAUGGUUAUAUUGGACGAAACGGGUCGGGUUCAAGAUGCUGAAGUUAGUGGAGAGGUUUGCAUUAGGGGUCCUAAUGUUACGAAGGGAUAUAAAAAUAACGUGGAUGCCAAUACGGCGGCGUUUUUGUUUGGUUGGUUUCACACCGGUGAUGUUGGGUACUUGGAUUCUGAUGGGUAUUUGCAUCUCGUGGGUCGGAUCAAGGAGCUCAUCAACCGAGGAGGAGAAAAGAUAUCACCAAUAGAAGUGGAUGCUGUCCUUCUUUCACACCCAGACAUUGCUCAGGCAGUUGCUUUUGGAGUGCCUGAUCCAAAGUAUGGGGAGGAGAUAUACUGUGCUGUAAUCCCAAGAGAAGGAUCAGACAUUGAUGAUGCAGAGUUGCUAAGAUAUUGCAAGAAGAAUCUUGCAUCUUUCAAAGUCCCCAAAAAGGUCUUCAUUACCGAUUCUUUGCCCAAGACUGCCACCGGAAAGAUUUUGCGUCGUCUUGUGGCAGAACACUUUGUCUCUCAAAUUUGAGCAACUCAAGUCCUACAUUUGAAGACUCUAUACCUGGCCAUACAUAGUUGGAGUCCACACACCAUAAAUUUCAACAGUAGUUUGGCAACUUGGCAUUUAGGAGGAGGAUAUUUCUGCAAAUGGUCUUUCAUACAGGAUACAGUAUAUUGUAGUUUUCAAUGAUUCAUGUGAAAUGUUCACAGUGUAAUGUUUUCAAGGUUUUAAAGAUCUUAAAUAAUUUCUCAAUCCUUUUUUUGUCUA